GUCGGUCAUGCACCUACUGAACUUCCACCCUGUGCCAGUAGAGUAUGCGCCCUCGAGAAAUCAUUGAGGCGAUACGCGGAGAAGAAAACGGACACUGUCGUGCUGCCUGAAGCCGGAACCAACUUCGAUUCACUGGGAGAGGCAUAUGACUACUACAAUCUGUAUUCGUGGGAGGUUGGAUUCGGAAUAAGGUACGGGAAGACCAGGCUGAACGUCGGGAGAACAAAAUGUAUGCAGGAGAUAGUGUGCGGGCGCUCGGGCAAGCCGAAAAUGAAUAGUAAACAGUCAUGCCGCUGUAAGUGCCCUGCAAUGAUACGUUUGCUGCGGUCGAGUGAUGGUGGCUGGCACAUAAGCGAGCACAGGCCAUCACACAACCACUCCCUUACAGAUAACUGCGGGGAAAAGGUACACUGGCCUUCGCACGGGCAUAUAGAUAUAUAUAUACAAGAGAUCUUGUCAAUCAGCUCCGAGAGAAUAAUGUUAGCAUCGGUGAACUGUACAACAUAAUUGGUAGUUUCUUUGGUUCGAUGAGCAAAGUGCCUUUCACCAAGCAGGCGUUGAGGGGGCUGUGUGGUGAAAUCAGCCGGGAUCAAGUGGAUGAUGAUGUCCGGAAGACAAUGGAGGUUCUCGCGGAAUUGCGUUCAAAAGAUGCUCGAUUGUACUACAGAGUACAAUCUGACAGUGAUAGUCCAGAAUGUGCUUUGGUCAACUGAAGCCAGCAGGAUGCAAUACCGUUACUUCGGAGAUGCAAUAACAUUUGAUAUAUCAUACCGCGCAAACCUGUACGAUAUGCCGUUUGGACUAUUUGUGGGAGUGAACAACCACUUCCAAAGCAUUAUCUUUGGCGGGGUGCUUAUCAGGGAUGAGACAGGGGAAACAUUUGAGUGGGUAUUUAGUGAAUUUAUCCGCAUGAUGGGUGGCAAGCAUCCCCAAACCUUGCUGACAGAUCAGAGCAGGGCUAUGGAAGUUGCAUUACAAAAGGUGUUGCCCCACACAACCAACCUAUGGUGCAAAUGGCAUAUUCUUAAGAAGGCAAAGGAAUCUCUUGGUCCAUAUUAUGCAAAACGGAGCAAGUUUAGAUCAAACUUCCACAAAAUCGUGCAUCACAUGCUUAUAGUCGAUGAGUUUGAAACUGCAUGGGCAGUGCUGACUGAGACACAUGGACUGCAAAAACACCCUUACCUCACACAGAUAUAUGAAGUGAGGACAAAGUGGGCGAAACCAUACUUCAAGGGUAAUUUUUGUGCAAAAAUGACAAGCACACCAUGCAGCAAGAGUGCCAACCAUAUGCUCAAGGAAUAUGUCCCGGCAAGCUGCCCCAUGCAUUUAUUUUUAUGGAAAUACAUGAGGCUUCUUUUUGAUCGGGAAGCAAGCGAGAACUAUGAAGAAUGGCGUACAAAGACAACAUCUCCCGUGAUUAAGAUGAACACCCCGUUGGAGUUCCACGCUAGAACAUCUACACCCUCGCUAUGUUCGAGAAAUUCGGCGAGAUCCUGUAUGAAGCAGGACAAUACAAAGUGGAGGAGGUCGAAAAAGGUGCAAAAUACUAUGUACACCGAUACCACCCAGAGAAGCAUGACAAAUGGUGCAGGGCGUUGUACGUGGUGGAAGUUGUGGACCAAGGCAAAGAGCUUACAUGCGAAUGUGGUAACUUCGAGCACACAGGGUUGCUGUGCUGCCACGCAGUUAAGGUCCUUGAUUUCUUGGGUAUAGGCCAUAUACCAGCAAAGCACAUACUCAAACGAUGGACAAAAGAUGCGAGGGAUGUACUACCACAACACUUGGCAUACCUUCAGAAGGAUCAGAUAUCAGUUAACCCCAUAACAUUCAGACAUUCAAAUCUGUACACCCAUGCCCUAGAGGUUGUCAGACUCGGUGAGGCAAACACAAGUGCGUAUGAGUGUGCGAUGGAACUCCUGAAGGAAGCAAUCCAUAAACUGACACCUAUGGCUGCUGUGCGCGACGGGAUGGGUUUAGACGACGUGAUUCAGGCAAACAAGGAGAAAGCUAGAGAGGUGAGUGUGGGGCAAGCACCACAGAUUGUGUAUGGGAGUGACCCAGAUGGUAGUGCAGUCGGUAAUUUACUCAGUUUGAUGGCUCCAGAGCAUACACAGAAGGCAGGCUGGCCAACGAGCAGCAGGGACAAACCUCCAUAUUAUGUCCGUGCUGCGAAGAGCAAGAAACGUAAGAUAGUGACACACCCAGCUGCUGCUGGAGCAUGCGAUACGAGCAAGCCAACACGCUUCUGCAGGAUAUGCCGUCAGCCAGGGCACAAGAGUACCACAUGUCCGCAGAGGGGUGACCUCCCUCGGAAGACAAAGAAGGAAGCGAAAUGCUCAAUCUGCGGGGUGGGAGGGCAUCGGAUGAACACCUGCAACAACCCUAUGGUUGUGCUACAUGCUGUUGAGAACAUGAUCUAUGGCGCAUCUUGGCACAAGACCGACGCGCCGUGAUCAGCCAACAGCCGUCUGCUGGCACGUACCAUAUGGAUCGGCCAACGGCAGUGGCGCCGAUGUUGUUUCUCCCGGUGUUGUUGCCUUGGCGACCAUGACCCUAAAUGGUCAAUGGUCGACAGUAAUUAUACCAUGGUAACCAUGAUCAGGUAAAUGGUGGCGACGAUGACACAAAGGUCUUUGUCACUGGGUUAUGAGUGUUAAGCUCAACUCGUCUUGUUGGCUUCACU